CCCAAUACCAAAAGCCUCUUCCCCAGAACUCCAACGGGUGACUGUUUUCGGAUCCCAAACCGAAGAAAAAGACAAAGAUCCGACCUAAACAGCCAAUACGGGUCACUAUAAAAGAAGAACUGAAGGGCCUAUCAUCAAGCAUCAUUGCAUCAACGGCCAGAGUGACCGUAGUGAACCACCGUAUACGGCGGCGCCACCGUCCACCCCACCCGCCGGAACAUCUGACACCGCCACCACCACCACCACCGGCCAUGCGUCGGGCAAGGUUUGCUGACUGGCUAGGGUUUUGGAGACACGCCAUACGAUUGCGAUAACGAUGAUCCAUGCCCUCUCUGUUAAAAAUGCAAGAAAGUUUUGUACUCCACCUUCACAUCGUAGAUCAGAUCGACCGUGAUAUCUAUCGCCAUGUCAAGAGUUUUGGCGUUUGGGAAUGUUAGGAGGCUUGCACAUUCACUUCUCCCAAGCCGCAAGACCAGCUGUUCAGGGAUUAACAAUACUGGGACAAAAUUUAUGGUCGGCCCCCCUUACUCCCUUUGCAGAUUGUAUUGGCUGUAUAAAUUCGCUAAUAACGGAUUUACUUCAUUUAAGUUAUGCAAAGCAAAGGAAAACUUGUGGAGUACUAGUUCGAAAAACUUCUAUGUCCUUUCAGCAAGUAAUACUAUAUCACACCGUGCUCACAUUGCCUGGAAAAGGCUUUCUCAUAUUUGUUCCUAUACUGGACCAGUUCUACCGCCAGUAAGUAGGCUUGCUUGUGCAGUGAGCAUUGCAUUAACACGUUCACAAGUGGUAGGUCCUGGUAUUUUUGCUUUUGUCCUUGGAGAGCUAGUUUGGACAAAAAGAACAUGGGCAGAGGCAGAACACUUCCCAAGAGGGAAUGCUCUGCAUUUGCAUGCACAAGAUGGGCAUGUUUACGUGACUUCAUUUGUGUACUCACUUGUAGAGGGUUUAAUAUUGUUUCUGAGAGCUAUAUAUUUAGCAAUUUUGUUCUCACCCUGUGUAGUUAUGGCUCCUUUUGUGGACCGCCUUGGCAUUGAGUUUAGAAAGAAAUGGAUUCACGUUGUCCAUCUUACAUUGGAAAAAGCAGGUCCAGCUUUUAUUAAAUGGGGUCAGUGGGCAGCAACCAGACCAGAUCUCUUCCCUAGAGAUCUAUGUACUGAGCUUGCAAAGCUUCACACGAAAGCACCAGCACAUAGCUAUGCCUACACAAAAAUAACGAUUGAAAAGGCAUUUGGCAGGAAGUUGCAUGAAAUUUUUGAAAAAUUUGAAGAGGAGCCUGUAGCAUCUGGAAGUGUUGCUCAAGUUCACCGAGCUACCUUAAAAUUCCGAUAUCCUGAACAACAUAUUAAGCCUAUUCUUGUUGCUGUGAAGAUUAGACAUCCUGGCGUUGGUGAAGCAAUUCGAAGGGAUUUUGUAUUAAUUAAUUUGGUUGCAAAAGUUUCAAAGUUCAUCCCCACGUUGAAAUGGUUGAGACUGGAUGAAAGCAUACAACAGUUUGCUGUUUUUAUGAUGUCUCAAGUUGAUCUUGCAAGGGAGGCAGCUAAUUUGAGUCGUUUCAUUUACAAUUUUCGCAGAUGGAAGGAUGCCUCAUUUCCAAAACCUUUGUAUCCCCUGGUUCAUCCUGCUGUUUUAGUAGAAACAUAUGAACAUGGUGAAAAUAUUCUACACUAUGUUGAUGAGCUUGAAGGACAUGAGCGCAUUAAAAGUGCCCUCGCUCACAUUGGGACUCAUGCACUCCUAAAGAUGCUGCUGGUGGACAAUUUUAUUCAUGCGGAUAUGCAUCCAGGAAAUAUUCUUGUCAGAUCAUCUGAGAGUAAGGCUUCAAGUAAACAGCUAUUUAAUUCAAGGCCUCAUGUCAUUUUCCUUGAUGUAGGCAUGACUGCUGAACUUUCUAGGAAAGAUCGAAUCACUUUACUAGAGUUUUUUAAGGCAGUAGCGCUUCAAGACGGUCGCACCGCUGCAGAGUGUACACUUAAAUUAUCUAAACAACAGGACUGCCCAAACCCAGAGGCUUUCAUUGAGGAGGUAGAACAAACUUUUAGCUACUGGGGUUCUGCAGAAGGUGGUUUUGUUCACCCUGCUGAGUGCAUGCAACAAUUGCUUGAGCAAGUUCGGCGUCAUAGAGUAAACAUCGAUGGUAAUGUCUGCACUGUGAUGGUAACCAUGUUGGUCCUAGAGGGUUGGCAACGAAAGCUUGAUCCGGGGUAUGAUGUGAUGCACACAUUGCAAACUUUGCUAUUCAAAGCUGACUGGGCGGAGUCUUUCUUCUCCACAAUUGAAGGACUCAUGGCUCCUUAAAAGGUGCCUGUCUGUUCCAUUUUUUCCUCGCACAAUUUUGACAUAAAUUUUUGAACAAAAGAGAAACAAAUUACAGUCCCGAGAAAUAAGGAUACACACAUAAUAGUCCUGGCAUAAAGUGGAAUGUUUCAAAUCUGUUUUCUUUCACACCUGCUCUGUUGUUAUUAUUCUUUACUUUCACUGGCAAGAUGCCUAUAUGUACAUCUUGUUUGCAUUUGCGUAAUUAUUACAUUUUACAAAGCAAGACAUUUUAGGGAUUCAACAGACGAAAUAAACGUUGGUUUCUUUUUA